GCAAGAUACAUCAACACGCGGGAAGUUGUGGCAGUUAAAAAGAUGUCGUACCAGGGCAAAAACUCAUCAGAGAAAUGGCUAGACAUCGUCAAAGAGGUGAAGUUUGUCCGCCAGGUGAGACACAAGAAUGUAGUUGAGUACAAAGGCUGCUACCUCCACCCAAGGGAACCACAAGCUUGGCUGGUGAUGGAGUACUGUAUUGGCUCUGCGUCCGACCUGCUCGAGGUGCACAAGAAACCUUUAAUGGAGGAUGAGAUCGGCGCGAUCUGCGAGGGAGCGCUCGAGGGCCUCACCUUCCUGCACAUCAACGACCGCAUCCACAGGGACAUCAAGGCCGGCAACAUCCUGCUCACCGAGUCGGGAACCGUCAAGCUAGGUGACUUUGGAUCCGGGUCGAUGAGAUGUCCGGCAAACUCAUUUGUGGGUACUCCGUACUGGAUGGCCCCCGAGGUGAUCUUGGCCAUGGAGGAAGGCCAGUAUGAUGGCAAAGUGGACAUCUGGUCAAUAGGAAUCACCUGCAUUGAAUUGGCCGAACGGAAGCCUCCAUACUUUAACAUGAAUGCCAUGAGUGCCUUGUACCACAUAGCUCAGAACGACUCGCCCAACCUCAGCCCUGAUGGCAACUGGUCAGAUGAGUUUCGGGAGUUUGUACAGUCCUGCUUACACAAGCAACCCCGUGAUAGAGCAACGGCACAGGACCUGCUAAAUAGUAAAUUUCUAAAGAAGCUCAGGUCUAUAGGCGUGUUACUAGACCUGAUUCAUCGGACGAAGGCGGCCGUUAGAGAACUCGACAACUUACAGUAUAGGAAAAUUAGGAAAAUCCUCAUGACUGAUCCACAGGAUAAUCACGAAUUGCUAAAGGAGGAGCAUGAGGAGGAUUCGUUGGAGGACGAUCAGAUGGUUAGCGACAGCAGCAAGUCAAACAGUGUGUCGAGUGCGCAGAGCAUUCCGAGCAGCAUCGUUAGUGCGAGCAGCCAGAGCAGCAGCACGAACAGUCUUCCUGGUCCGGGAGACGAUACUGCAGAUGCUUCCAUGCCCAUAGGCUUCGCUGGACGAGGCAGACCCAGGCCGAGCGCCGAUGGUGCCAACAACUUCUCGACGAUCCGAACGACGUCUAUCAUCACGCGGCAGCAGAAGGAGUACGAGUAUGAGAACGAGUGGCGAGACCUGAUGUCGGGCUACAAGCGCAUGCGACGCCAGCACCAGAAGGAGCUGCAGUCGCUGGAGGACAAGUGCGAGGCGGAGAUGAAUGAGCACAAGGCGAAGCUAGACAGUGAGUACAAGAAUCUGAUGCAUCAGUUCUACAAGGACCUGGAGAAGCUGCAGAUGAAGCAUCAGAUGGAGCUGGAGAAACGAAUAAAGCAGAACCAGGCGCUGGAGAAGAAGCUACACAAACAAAUCAUGUGUCAGCAGGAUGAAGACAUCAAGCGAUUUCUCCAGUGUCAGAAACGCGAGUACAAGAUCAAGAAAGACCUCUUCAAGCAGGAGCUGAACUCUGAGCUGCCGAAGCGCGAGCGCGACGACCGGCUGCUGCACCACAAGGGGGCGCUGCACCAGAUGCAGACGGAUGCCGAGCAGCAGAAGCGCGUCGACCACAAGAAGUACAUGAACCUUGAGGUUCGCAAGUUCCGGCGGCGGAAGCUGCUGCAGUACCACGAGCUCGAGCAGCAGCUGCUGAAGGAGGACCUGGCGAAGCGGGAGUCGCAGCUGCGGCAGACGCACACGAUGCUGCUGAACCACCACGACUCGACGAUGCGGCUCGAGUACCGGCACGUGCAGAACAUCCACCACCGGCGCGAGGAGCUGAUGAAGAAACAGCACAGCACAGAGCGCGACAACCAGGUGCGCUACAACCAGCACGCCGAGCGCGAGCUCAAGAAGAAGCACGCACUCGAGACGAAGCAGCAUCCGAAGAGCUUACGGGCGAAGGAGUUCCAGAUCAGGAAGCAGUUCCGAGACGCGGUCGCGACGCAGACGAAGCAGUACAAGGCGUUCAAGUCGCAGCUGCUGCAGACGACGCCCAAGGAUGAGCGCAAGGCCAUCUGCAAGAAGCUGAAGGAGGAUAAGAUGCGCAAGCUAGCGCUGCUCGCCGAGCAGUACGAGAGCACGAUCGCCGAGAUGCUGCAGACGCAGACGGUGAAGCUGGAUGAAGCCCAGCUGGUGGAGGUGCGCGUGCUGAAGGAGAAGCUGUCGCAGGAGAUGGAGUUGCUGCUCGCCUACCAGAGCAAGGUGAAGAUGCAGCUAGAGGCGCAGCAUCAGCGGGAGAGGCGGGAGCUGGAGGAGCGCGUGUCCACGCGCAGGGCCCUCCUCGAACAGAAGAUGGGCGAGGAGUCACUGCAGUUCAACGCCGAGCGAUCGGAGAAGAUACGGCAGCUGCACAACCGGCAGAGUCGCGAGAUCGAGGCGUUCGAUCUGGAGAGUGAGCGUCUCGGCUUCCGCAUCCUCGACCUGACCGAGCCGCCGCAGGAGUACCUGCAGGAGGACGACGCAUCGCUGUCCGACCUGUGCCUGAAUCGAAGUUGUAGCUCCUUAUCGUGCCAGUGUCUGGAUGUGUAGGUGAGAGAGAGUGAGAGAGAUGGCGGUAUUGUGGUUUCUUUUGUGUGUGGCUGCUGUCUGGCCGUCCAACUAGAUUCGAAUCUUAUUGGUUGCUUUAUUUUUCGUGUCGCUCCGUCUAGCUCUGCGAUUGGGUGGUGCGCUAUACUGGUCCCAUCUUCUUGGCUUUCUUACUGCAUGAUCCUGAACGGCACCUUGUGAUUAGUUGAUGGCUGAGUGGACACGAUUUCGUGGUCUGCCCUGUUGCAUGUAACCUCAUUGUCUACCUGUGAUUGGAUAAACGAUUGUGCAGCUGCUAAUCCGAUUGGUUUAUGGUAGUGCUGGUGCAUCUGCGCGGUGAUUGGUUAAUCUCUGUGCAACCUCGCUCGCUGAUUGGCUGAUUGCACUGCGUUGGCUUGCAGACGCAGGCCUGCCGUGGCAACUAACAGCUAUCAGCCGUUGCCAGGGUGAGCAGCAGCAUCGCUCUACGUGUGCGUGGCGGUGUUGUCGUCUGCGGAGAGAUCCAGGCUGUAGGUUGGCAUCCUACCUUAAAGGCAUGGCACCUUGGUUCUGUUGGGGUGGUUGUGAUGUGGUCCGCUAAUGCGCGUCGCGUUGUUUGUAAGCUCCUGCACGCGCAACUGCAAGUUGUCAUCGCUCCAGUGUUUUUAGCAGCGUUCUACAUGCGAGAGCGUAGUUUGUUUCCAUUAAGCGUUUAUCGCGGCAAAGCGUGCUGAGUUCACUGGGUUUUCGCUUCAGAGAGGCACUUCACUGCAUAUACAUUUCUUCAUCGUAGUUACUCUGUGAGCAGCGAGUGAACAGUGCAUAAUAAUGCUAUGCUUUUCCACCAGGUGUCCAUGGUUGACCUUCAACUGUUGUGAGUUUUUUUUAACGUGUUGUCACGUGCACAGCACACACUGCGCGUGUCAACUACUACUGUUGCACUAUACUGUCUCACUACUGAACUACAAGGGAAAACAAACGAGUAUAUAUGUGAUAGUGCAAUCGCGAAGUUGUGUCAAGUAACUUCUCGAGUGGAUUAAUAUAGCAGGCAGAUCGGACUAAAAGUACGGGGUGUCGGGGCAAUAUGCAAUCAACUGACCCUCCCCCAGGAUUUGCCUCUAGUUUUUUUCAUGGCCUCUCUAUCCGCAAGUUUGGUCGACAAUGCGGCCGCAUCGCGGCAGUUGUCGUGUGUUGAUGUCCAUCGCCGUUCAAAGCUGUGCGAGUCGAAACUGAUGGGUGGAUCGAAAUCGAUUACAAUCGUAUCAAAUGUGUUCAGGAUUGACCUGCCCCGCCCUCUGUCAUCAGUGUGUAGUGGUUCAGAGCACUCGGGCGUGUGAUCACCCACCCGCAAGAAACGGAAGUUUUUCGAAAUCGAAAUAAAAGAGACGUUCAUUAUCGUAUUUAUCGGAUUUCAGGUUGAGAGCGGGUUUCUAGGCACUCGCUCGUGCAAAUUAUCUACUGCUGGUGUGGAGAGAUGUUGGACUUCUCGUGAAGACACUUCUUCUUCGCCUUUGCACCCUCUCCUGGUGGCUUUAGAGGUGGUAGAACAGUCUUAUAAGGUCAGAGUUGUCAUGCUGCGAGGCGCGGGUUGCGCGGCUGUGCAGGUGCUGCCCCCUACCACAGCUUCACUUGUUCGUUUGUAACCUGGCUGUUGCGAGCAUGCAAACCCCUCUGAGCAGUAGAGCCCGUGUGUCGACAGGCGCAGCGACCGGCGCAGCAACAAUGGUCUUCAGAGGAGUGCCAUAUCGCCACUGGAGGAAGACGGGUUGCCGUAGCGACGCGAUCGCAGCGACGGGCUGCCGCGUAGCGUCGCGCGCGUAGCACAAGCGUCUGCUCGUCUGCUCGUCUGCCAACGUGAUUAAAAACGAUUCCAGAUUGUAACGUGCCGUGUGAAAUGUGACCGGGGGGGUCAACAAUUCGAUAAACUCGAUUAUCCCUCGUCGAGGCGAGGCGACUUUGGGGGGGGGGUACCGCCCGACGGGUUCCUCCAGUCAACGCGCGCCUACGGAAACAGGUGAACGAAGUGAUUAUGAUUUUAAAUGAGUUACGGAGCGGUGGUGUGUCACGGGGUUGCCUGUGGCUAGCGCGGAUAGAGUGUGCUGGCAAAUGUGACGCGAAGUCGAUAGUUAUUCAUUUUUUUAAAGCGAAUAUGAAGCCAAUGGAUUUCCUCCAGUGGCGCUCUCUGUUGUGUAAUUAUGUAAAUAGCUGUUCCCACGCUAAAAUCAUGGCAGUGCUGAUCUGUUCGAUAUUCGUUUCUUUGAUGAUUUUUUUUGCCAGCCAGAGUUGACAAGCAAACGUUGUGCUUUGUAAUAUAUGUUGAAAUCCGCCACGUUGGCGCGUCCUCCAGGGGGCGUGACGAUGGUACGUGGCUACAGUCGGCUGUACGUGCCAGCGCACUACUGCCCGUUGGUAGGGUGUGUUCAAGUGCAUUCAUUCAGUGUUAACGUAAACGCAUUUGUAGAGAACAUUUUGCAGGAAAGUUUGUAUAUACAAAAGUUGUGCACGCCCAUACCGUAUAUCGUAGGGGAAUAUAAUGUAUUUAACACAUUGGUCACAUUUUGUGUGACCACCAUGGUGAAUGUAAGAUCAAAAGUUGAACAUAAACAUGGGCAAAAACUUAACUGUAAUUGGUAUAAAACUAUAUCUGUAAUAUUAAACUAAUAAAUUUUUACGCUUAA